AUGCAAAAAUCAGGAAAUAAUAUCGAAUAUGUUAUUCUAGGUCAAUAUCAAAUAAAAACAUGGUUUAGCUCACCAUAUCCUAGUAAUUCAGGAAACUUAAAAUCAUCUUUACUUUAUGUUUGCAAUAAAUGCUUUAAAUAUUCUACUAAUAAAUUCCUAAUAGCUAACCACGAGAUAAUAUGUUUUUCAUUAAAAUCACAAGAGAAAAUUGUAUUCAAAAAUGCUUCAUUAAAAAUUAAAGAACUUGACGGAAAACAACAUAAAUUGACUUGUCAAUGUCUUUCUUUAUUCGCAAAACUUUUUCUUGAAAGUAAAUCAAUAUGUUUUGAUGUAGAGAAUUUCUUAUUUUAUAUCCUUACAAAAACAAAUAAAAAUACAGAAGAAACAAUUGGUUUCUUCUCCAAAGAAAAACUUUCUUGGGAUGAAUAUAAUCUUGCAUGUAUAUUAAUAUUCCCUCCAUAUCAGCGUCAUGGUUAUGGAAAAAUUUUAAUUGCUUUAUCAUAUGAACUCUCAAAAGCAGAAGGAAAAUGGGGGUCUCCAGAAAAACCCCUUUCUAGUUUCGGUUUUAUUAGUUAUUUAUCAUACUGGACUCAAUCAAUUGUUACGUUUUUAUUAGAAAAUACAAAAGACAAAUCACAUAGUUUUUCUAUCAAAGAAAUAUGUGAAAAAACAGCAAUAAGACCAAAAGACGUUAUAUAUGCAUUAAAAACAUUAAAUAUACUCGAAAAUUGGAAUUCUUCCCAAAAUCAAUUUAUAAUAUCGUAUGAGAAUUUAAAAUCAUUUGUAAAACAAAAAAAUAUAAACCUCAAACCUAUAAUCCCUGAUACAGCUACUUUGUAUUCAUAA